UCAAUAGCAGUGGUUGACCUAAACUGAAGAGUAAACAAUUUUGUAAUGUCAGGGGGAACUGUCUUGAAUGCGUUUGGUUCUCAGAAUAAAUUUCAGGCUAAACCACCUGAAAAAGGAAGCUUUCCUAUCGAUCAUGAAGGGGAAUGCAAGGUAUUUAUGAGGAGCUUUAUGAAGUGUUUACAGGCAAAUAACAAUGACAAUUCAAAAUGUCGCUCACAGUCUAAGGACUACCUCUCCUGUAGAAUGGACAAGAAUCUUAUGGAGCGUGAAACUUGGAAGAAGCUUGGUUAUGCUGAUCUGGUGAAGGAUGGAACAUAGAACAUUUACCAUUGAUGCUAUUUUGAAGAGAUAAAACAUUUAAAAUGUUAGCGAAGAUGUGAAGAUAUUGUGAAGAAAGGAACUUUUAUCAUAAAAAUUUGUGAUGAUAUUUCAAUGAGAUAAAAUUUUUACCAUAAGAAAACAUGUCAUUAUGUGAGGUAAAACAUUUACCAUUUUUGAUGGAAUAGACUUAUCAAGCAGCAGUGUAUAGAAACCUGAGCACUUUCCACCUUUACAGAUUCUUUGAAAUAUAACACUAUCAAUACAGUCAUGUUUUUGAAUUAUUCAGUUUCUUCUCAUAAACCAUCAAUGGAAGGUCUUCUCCCGGCUCUGUUUAAGUAGAAUGCUUGGCCCUUUUAGGGGCCACUAGAGUUAAAAAUAGGAAAACCUCUCAUGAAAUGCUUGAUGGAUCUUCAACAAAGUUGAUCUGUAACAUCAUUGUGAGGUCCUCUCCCAAAGUUGUUGAAAUGGUUCUGCCUAGUCUUUUUUAGGGGACACCAGAAUUAAAAAUAGAAGAAAAAAAAACAGAUUACUUUUUAUCUUGAAUAUUGUUCAAGUGGUAAUGCAUUUUUGGGCCGUCACAGCAAAAUAUAGAAAUAACCUUUCAAUUACUUCUAUUUUAAUAUUUUCACCAAACUUGGUCAAAAGCAAGGUCAGAUGGUUAAGGUUCUCUUCAGAUAAGCGUUUGGGUCUAUUGUAAUGACUUUAUGAAUUGCUUGAUGGAUCUUCAUCAGACUUUGUUUGUAGCAUCAUUAUAAGGUUCUCUCCUAAUUUUGCAACAAUGGGGACACUUUGCGCCUUUUAGAUGCUACUUUAGCUAAAAGUAGAAAUAACUUUUAACAUCUUCUUCACUGGAACUGUUAGAUUUAUCUUCGUAUCUAGCUUAAUUGUGAGGUUAGCUCCUAAGUUUGUUCAAAUGGGAGCACUUGGUCCCUGUUAUGGGCUGCUAGAGCUAAAAAUAGAGAUACCUAUAAAUAACUUCUUCUCAUGAAUGGCUUGAUGGAUCUUCACCAAACUUGGUCUGUAGUAUAAUUGUAUGAUCCUUUUCCAGACUUCUUCAAAUGGGGGCACUCCCCUUUUAGAGACCACUUUAGCUAAAAAUAGAAAUAAAAUAGAAAAAAAGUGGAAACUUCACAGGUCGCUCAACACAACAAAAACACUCAUGACCAAAUGGAUGCAGAUAACCAUUUUAAAGAUACUUUCUAAACUGCUCUCAGUCUACUCAAAUGGUCUGUAUCAUUUCUAGCCAAAAUUUUUAAAGACUUUAGGAGCAUAUUGUGUUUGAACUGUUUUUCAACUGUCACAUAAUUUAUGUAAUCAACCUCUACUACUUCCAGAAUUUUUAACACCUGGAGUAUAAAAUGAUCCUCUUUUAAAGUUGAACUCUCUGUAGCCUGUUUAAGCUCCACAUCUCAGGUGAGUGAUCUAAUGCCAUCAUGGUCCUCUUGUUUACUUCAGUAAUAAAAUCGAUGAAAGAUCAUGAGGAAGCAUAGAACGCAAUGUAAUAGCAGACUCGGUUUAUGAGAUGUAAUAUAAUGUGCAACACCCCUCGUGCCCCCUGGUACCUGUUUGAGUGGAACUUAACUGGGAAAUGUUUUGAUGAAUAAUAUUUCACUUACAAUGUACUGUAUUAAUAAUAUUUUAUAUUGCUCCUUGCACUGUUUCAUCCCUUGAAUAAGUCUUCAGUACAUUGUAUGCCUUGUAUAAAUAAGUUGUAUUAAUUUUUAAAUCAGUCUACUUUCAAUGAUUUAAUUGAAGACAUGAUGUAUUAAAGUAAAUUAUGUAUGAAAUGUGAUAUUAAGUUUGUUUUCUGUGAUUUGUAUCUGUGUUUAUAACUAAUCACCUAAAAACACAUUUGUGGUACUUUAUUAUUGUUUGUGUUUUGUCAUCUGUCCUAAAUACCAUUGAAUAUUUGUAAAAAAAAUAUAAAAACUUUUAAAAAGAAAA